AUGGAGCCCCUCAAUUCCAUCCGCCAGCUGCAGCCAGGAGAACCCCACUGCAGGCUGCAUUGGGCCCCUCCACCCCUCAAAGACCCCCACGGGCCCAUCACCCCUUCUGCUCCAACACCCUCCGAGAUCCCCGAGUGCCACCCUCUGGGGUUGGCACCAGCCUCCCUCCGGGCCCCCCUCCGGCCCCGGGCGCACAAGGGACAAAGGCCCGCACCCCCUGGGGCCAGCGGGCCAGCGGGCCUCGCUACCCCCCAUGCACCCAGCUCGGAUCAGCCCCGGCCCGGGGCGCCCGCCCGCAGCCUCCCCGCGCGGGGCCGAGCGCAGCCCCACCUCCGGCUCCCUCGGGCUCCGGCCGGGCCGCGGCGCCUCCUGCUCGCCACCGCCCAGGCCACACUCCGGCCGCGUCGCAGGCGGAACCCGAGUCCGCGCGGCCGCCGCACGCGGGGAAACGCUAGGCCGACACACACUUCCGGUGUGCCUGCUUCCGGUCGGAAGACUGAGGCGGCAGCACGCGCGCGUCCCUCGUCGCUAAGGAGACGGGCGGGGGCGUGGCCCGCGCGGCUCCUCCUCGGCCUCGGCCCCCACCGCGCUCUGCAGCUCUGCAGCUUGCGGGAAGGUCCGACCCCUAGAGGCCGGAGCCGGAUUGCAGCCGGGCCUUUGGACUCCACUGAGGAGGAGGAGAAGGAGGAGGAGGAGGAGGAGGGGAAAGGGCAGCUCCCGAAGCUCCUCGCCCCGCCAGCAGCCAACAAAGCCCGCUGGGCCUUGGGUCCCCUGCAGAGCCCCUGCCGGGGUGCGGGGCCCGGCCGCCCCGCUCCAGCCCGCGGCUCCCGCCUCCUCCCUCAGGCCCCCUCGCCCGGCCACGUCCUCGGCGCGCGGGUGCAGGGGAGCCCGGGGCCCCCAGACGCCGACCCGGCGGGGCCGCAGGCGGGAGGUGGGGCGGGGCCCCCGAUGCUGCGGCGAGGGGCGGGACCCCGAUUUGGGGACCGCGCCAGGCUGGAACAAAGGCCCGCCGAACAAAGGCCUGCCCGAACAAAGGACCCCCGGGCCCGCGCCUCGCCUCCGCGCCUGGGCGCCCCAAGGUGCGGCCGCUCGCCGCCGGACUCGCCCCUCGACCGGCCCCCGCUUCAUCCCCCACGCCUCGCCUCUGCCCUGCCCUGCGCUGCCCCGGCCAGAGCCUUCGGCACCCGGAGUCUGUCCCCGGGGCAGCUCCGAGGCAGCCCUCCAGCGUUGUCCACCGCUCUAACACAGGCCUCGGAGACGGACCCAGAUCUCGGGGUGCGCGCGGGCCCGCCCCCUCUGCAGGCGCCGAGUCAGCCGCAGGCGCUCAGGCCGCGCGUGCGCAGUCGGGCGGCGGGGGGCGUGGCGCUCGUCGUCGAGCGAGCGCGUUCGAGGAACGCAGCGUGCGGCCCGCCCUCGGCCUCCUCGCGGACGUCCCUGAGGCCGCGGGGGCGGGGCCGGGGCGGCGCCUGCGCCGGGGGCCGCGGCGCCGGGGGUCGCGGGCUCGGGCCCCGCCCCUCCGUGUGCGCCAGCGCGCGUGCGCGUCGGCGUCGGCGCCAGUUAUUUCCGUCCCGCCCCCCGGCCGCGGCUCUUUCUGCGAGCGGGCGCGCGGGCGAGCGGGGCUCCGAGCGCCGUGUGCGCGGCGGCGGCGGCGGCGAGGCCGGCGCGGCGGGUCCCGAGAGGCGGCGCGCGGUGGGCGGCGGCGCGGGGCGGCGCGAGGCCUCGCGGCGGCGGCGGCGGCGGUUGGCGGCGCGCGCUCGGUCCCGGCCCCGUGUGCGCCUGCGCGGCGCGGCGCUCCGCUCCCUCCCCCUCCCUCCCUCCCUUCCUCCCCGCGGGCGAAUGGCGGCCUCGGCGGCGGCGGCGGCGGCGGCGGCGGCCUCGGCCUCGGCCUCGGGCUCGGGCUCGGCCUCGGGCAGCCCCGGCGCGGGCGAGGGCCCGGGCCCGGGCGCGGCGGGCGGCGACAAGCGGGCGGCGGGCUCGGCGGCCGCCUGCCUCGGGCCCGCCGCGCCCGCCGCCGGCGCCAACAGCAGCAGCAGCAGCGCGGGGGACGGCGGGGCCGCGGGCGGCGACGGCGCGGGUGAGUGCGGCCUGGGCCUGGGCCUGGGCCUCGGCCCGGGAGGGAGGGACGGACGGAGGGACGGGAGGGCGCGGGUGGGUCCUGGUCCCGCCCCGGCUCACCGCCGCCCCCUCGCAGUGGUGGACUGCCCCGUGUGCAAGCAGCAGUGCUUUUCCAAGGACAUCGUGGAGAACUACUUCAUGCGCGACAGCGGCGGCAAGGCGGCGGCCGACUCGCAGGACGCCAACCAGUGCUGCACGAGCUGCGAGGACAACGCGCCCGCCACCAGCUACUGCGUGGAGUGCUCCGAGCCGCUGUGCGAGACGUGCGUGGAGGCGCACCAGCGGGUCAAGUACACCAAGGACCACACCGUGCGCUCCACCGGACCAGCUAAAUCCAGGGAUGGUGAGCGCACCGUGUACUGCAAUGUGCAUAAGCAUGAGCCCCUUGUACUGUUCUGUGAGAGCUGCGACACACUCACUUGUCGGGACUGCCAGCUUAAUGCCCACAAAGACCACCAGUAUCAGUUCUUGGAGGAUGCGGUGAGGAACCAACGAAAACUUCUGGCCUCCUUGGUGAAGCGUCUUGGGGACAAACAUGCCACACUGCAGAAGAAUACCAAGGAGGUUCGCACCUCAAUUCGUCAAGUGUCUGAUGUACAGAAACGCGUGCAGGUGGAUGUAAAGAUGGCGAUCCUGCAAAUUAUGAAGGAGUUGAAUAAGCGGGGCCGUGUGCUGGUCAAUGAUGCCCAGAAGGUGACUGAGGGGCAGCAAGAACGUCUGGAGAGGCAGCAUUGGACCAUGACCAAGAUCCAGAAGCACCAAGAACACAUUCUGCGCUUUGCUUCAUGGGCUCUGGAGAGUGACAACAACACAGCGUUACUGCUGUCCAAGAAACUGAUCUACUUCCAGUUGCACCGGGCCCUCAAGAUGAUUGUGGACCCCGUGGAGCCCCAUGGUGAGAUGAAAUUCCAGUGGGACCUGAAUGCCUGGACAAAGAGCGCAGAGGCCUUUGGCAAGAUUGUGGCAGAGCGUCCUGGCACCAAUUCAACAGGCCCAGCAUCCAUGGCCCCACCUCGGGCUCCAGGGCCCUUAAGCAAGCAGGGCUCUGGCAGCAAUCAGCCUAUGGAGGUGCAGGAAGGAUACGGCUUUGGGUCAGAUGACCCUUACUCCAGCGCAGAGCCUCAUGUUUCUGGCGUGAAGCGGUCCCGCUCAGGCGAUGGGGAAGUGAGUGGCCUCAUGCGCAAGGUGCCAAGGGUGAGCCUUGAGCGCCUGGACCUGGACCUCACUGCUGACAGCCAGCCCCCAGUCUUCAAGGUCUUCCCGGGCAACACCACUGAGGAUUACAACCUCAUCGUCAUCGAGCGUGGUGCUGCUUCUGCUGCUGCUGGAGGCCAGCCUGGGACUGCUGCCCCUGGGGCCCCGGGGGUCCCCCUACCCGGCAUGGCCAUUGUCAAGGAAGAAGAGACAGAGGCUGCCAUCGGAGCCCCAUCGGCUGCCACUGAGGGACCAGAAACCAAACCAGUGCUGAUGGCUAUGACUGAGGGGCCUGGCGUUGAAGGCCCUCGCCUGGCCUCCCCCAGUGGUAGCACCAGUUCAGGCCUGGAGAUAGUGGCUCUAGAGGGUACCUCAGCACCAGCUGGUGGGCCUGGUGCCCUGGAUGACAGCGCUACAAUCUGUCGUGUCUGCCAGAAGCCGGGUGACCUGGUCAUGUGCAACCAGUGUGAAUUCUGCUUCCACCUGGAAUGCCACUUGCCUGCACUGCAGGACGUGCCAGGCGAGGAAUGGAGUUGUUCUCUUUGCCACGUGCUGCCUGACAUGAAGGAGGAGGACAGCAGCUUGAGUCUGGAUGGUGGAGACAGCGCUGGGGUAGUGGCUAAACUCUCAGCAGCCAACCAGCGGAAGUGUGAGCGUGUCCUCCUGGCCCUGUUCUGUCAUGAACCUUGCCGGCCCUUGCACCAACUGGCUACUGAUUCUACCUUCUCCCUGGAUCAGCCAGGUGGCACCUUGGAUCUCACACUCAUCCGCGCCCGUCUGCAGGAAAAGUUGUCACCCCCUUACAGUUCCCCCCAAGAGUUUGCCCAGGAUGUGGGCCGCAUGUUCAAGCAGUUCAACAAACUAAUAGAGGAUAAGGCAGAUGUGCAGUCCAUCAUCGGUCUGCAGCGCUUCUUCGAGACUCGCAUGAAUGAGGCCUUUGGCGAUACCAAGUUUUCUGCUGUGCUGGUGGAGCCACCACCCCUGAGCCUGCCUGGUGCUGGCCUGGGAGCCCAGGAGCUGUCCAGUGGCCCUGGGGGUGGCCCCUGAGACUCCAGUUUCCCUAGCCAGCCCAGCCUGGCUGUUUUCUGUCCUGUCAACGCCCCCCCUUCACAACUUCUAUCCUUGGUGGUCUGGUUCCUACUUCUUGGUGGUCCCAUCCCCUGCCCUCUCACAAGAUGGUUUUUACUUAUGUGGAUUUAAUAAAAACUUCACCAGUG